CCUGAAGAACGGAGGCCGUUUCGUGGCGCUGAAGCGCGUGCGGGUGCAGACCGGCGAAGAGGGCAUGCCGCUCUCCACCAUCCGCGAGGUGGCGGUGCUGAGGCACCUGGAGACCUUCGAGCACCCCAACGUGGUCAGGCAUAAUGGCUCCCGCAAAGAAGGGUGGUGAGAAGAAGGAGGACCAUUCUGCCAUCAAUGAGGUAGUGACCAGAGAAUACACAAUCAACAUUCACAAGCGCAUCCAUGGAGUGGGUUUCAAGAAGCGUGCCCCUCAGGCACUCAAGGAGAUCCAGAAAUUUGCCCUGAAGGAGAUGGGAACUCCAGAUGUAGGCAUUGACACCAGGCUGAACAAAGCUGUCUGGGCCAAAGGAAUAAGGAAUGUCCGAUACCAUAUCUGCGUAUGGUUGUCCAGAAAACAUCAUGAGGAUGAAGAGUCGCCAACCAAGCUCUAUAGGUUGGUCACCUUUGUACCUGUCCCCACUUUCAAAAAUCUACAAACAGUUAAUGUGCAUCAGAACUAAUCACUGAUUGCCAAAUAAAGUUAUAAAACUGCAAAAACAAAACGAAAAAACAAUAUGCCUCGCUGUUAAUGAUUCCCUAGGAAUGUUUUCUUAAGAAUGAGACAUUCAGUACUUGUACUAUGUCAUUGUAAACGCAAGGAUAUUAAGGUUGGAAGACAUUCUGGAAGUCUUUCAGCCCUUUUCUGUCAUAAAGAAACUAAAGCCCAGAGGUCAAGCAACUUAUCUAUCAUGCCAUGAUGAAGUAGUUGACUUGUAUUAAAAGCUGAAUAGCACUUAAAAAAAUUCUUUUUAAUUGUGUGUGAUGGACGAAGUUAAAUGAGUACAUUUCUAGUUUGGAAAAAAUGAACUGUAUAAAGACAAAGGUGAUGGUUUGCCAGGAAUAAAUGACAUACCAAUUCAGGAAAUUCCUGAAUCCUGCAGUAUGCCCUAUUGAAGUAGAUCUGGAAAAAGUAUGAUGAUUAUCCAUUAUAUUCUGCUUUUAAAGAAGUUGGGUAGGCCCUGGCCAGGUAACUCAUUGGUUAGAGUGUCAUCCCAAUAUGCCAAGGUUGCAGGUUUGAUACAUGGUCUAAGCACAGAGGAGAAUCAAUCAAUGAAUGCAUAAAUAAGUGGAACAACAAAUCAAUGUUUCUCUCAAAUCAAUAAAUAUUUUUUAAAAAGAAUUUGGUAAUAACUGAUACUUUAAAUAGCUAUAGUUAAAUACUAAUACAAGUAAGUAAUGUAGUUAAAUAAUUAAGUAAUAAUAUUGAGUUCAUUUUAGACAAAGAACAAUUGGAAGAGUCUAAGUGCUUGGUAUUUGUCUGACGAGUGAACUAAGAUGCCAUAAUGUCACUCUGGCAUCUACUAGUCAUUUAAUGAAAUAAACACCAUAAUACUUAAAAAUUAAGAAGCAAAGCAACCUCCAGACAUAUAAACAAAUAUGUUACCCAUGCGUCUGGAAGUAAUUGCACCAUUAUUGCUGUUCUCAUGACAUUCAGAUUAGCGUUUCUGUCGUUUUAGGAAGGAAGCUAAGAGCGUUCUGGAGUGAUCGAUCAUAGCGGAGAUGAAAUCUGGGUGCAGGAGGCUUGGUGAUAGGAGCAGGUAGUGAGUGUAGUGUUGGGCUUUGUUGAAGGGCCAGGAGGCAGCACUGAACAUGGGCACUGGUGGUUGGUAAGAGGCAUGCCUACAUAAAGGUCACCAUUUGAGUAAUGAUCUAUAGAUGGUAAGUCUGCUGGGGCAGGCAGGUCAGCAGUCAGAGGGAGGUGUUUUAUAAGACUCCCCGGGCAGUUGUUUUGAAUAUCACCAGUUGCUGUCAUAGUUGAUUUUGUUUUACCAGCUGCGCACAUAGCUGCUCUCCACUGAGAGGUGAAGUAAAGUCACCUUAAGGCAAGUGACAGGAAUCUGUGUGAGUGUACAGGAGUAACUGGAAGUCCAUUUGGGAUAGGAUAAUUACUAAACAUUUAGAAGUUUACCUAAAUUUGGGCAACUGCUGGCUUUGUCAUUUAUGUAGCCAUUUUAAUUAUUGAUUCUUAUUACCUGGCCUUCCUAAAGGAUUUUAGUUCAAUAGAAUUAGAAUCAAAGUAUAAGAAUUUUGGAAUUGGAAGGGGUUUUAGAUUUAACUUAGUCCAACCCCCUUUGGUCUGUGUGGGAAUUGUUUUGUAAAUGCAUAAAAGAAUUGUCUUAUUUUUAGUCAGCUGUUUUAUUCCACAUUUAUAUACAUCGUAGCUACAAACUGAGGAGAGCUAAAGUUCAAAUACAGGUUUAUAUCCAAUGUCAACAGGACAGGAUGACUAAUGUUCAUUACAUAUCUGUAAAAACUCCUUUGGGAUAUAAAAGUAUUUUCAGUUUAAUGAUUUUAUGUUUCCCCUGAUGUGAGGACAAGGACUGGAUCUUUUAUAUUCAUGAAUAAUACAGUGCUCAUAACUCUUAGCUGCCCAGUAUAUGUUUCCUGAAUGAACGAAGUAAAAUAAGUUAAAUUAUAAACCCUUCCAGUGAGAACUUUUCAUCUUUCUGGAGUUGCCUACAGCAUUAGCAAGUAUCUCAGGCUAAACACUGAGAAGGAGGGAGAUCAGUGGGUAUUAACUGUAAUGCACCUGCACACCAAGACUAUUUAGAAAGAGCCUUCAAAUACUAAUUGAUGUUUAAACUUUUCCUGUGACUCCAUUUUUUGUCUUUAAUACUGGCUUCUGCUAUAAUAGGAUUUUCUUGUUUUCAUUGUGUGGUUUGCUACAUGUAUCUUACAGGCAGUUUACUCUAUUUCCCCCAAAUGUGCUCCUUGCCAUCCACCUCUGUGACUUUUUAAAAAUGCUUUAUUGUUUAAAGUAUUACAUAUGUCUCCUUUUUCCCCCAUUGGCCUCUCCCCAGCCACUCCCACCCCCCAGCACAUGCCCUCACUGUCUGUGUCCAUUGGUUAUGCUUAUAUGCAUGCAUACAAGUCCUUUUUGAUCUCUUAUUCUCACCCCACCCCCUUCCCCACCUACCUUUCCUCUGAAGUUUGAUGGUCUGUUCGAUGCUUCUAUGUCUCUGGAUUUAUUUUUGUGCAUCAGUUUAUGUUGUUCAUUAUAUUCCAAGAAUGAAUGAGAUCAAGUGAUAUUUAUUUUCUCUGACUGGCUUAUUUCACUUAGCAUAAUGCUCUCCAGGUCCAUCCAUGCUGUUUCGAAUGGUAAGAAUUCCUUCUUUUUUAUAGCAGCAUAGUAUUCCAUUGUGUAGAUGUACCACGGCUUUUUAAUCCACUCAUCUCCUGAUGGGCACUUAGGCUGUUUCCAAAUUUUAGCUUUGUAAAUUGUGCUGCUAUGAACAUAGGGUAUAUAUAUCCUUUCUGCUUGGUGUUUCUGAUUUCUUGGGAUAUAUUCCUAGAAAUGGGAUUAUUGGGUCAAAUGGAAGUUCCAUUUUUAAUUUUUUGAGAAAACUCCAUAGCGGCUGCAUCAGUCUGCAUUCCCAUCAGCAGUGCAGGAGGGUUCCUUUUUCUCUGCAUCCUCGCCAGCACUUGUUGUUUGUUGAUUUGUUGAUGAUAGGCAUUCUGUCAGGUGUGAGAUGGUACCUCAUUGUUGUUUUGAUUUGCAUCUCUUGGAUGAUUAGUGACUUUGAGCAUGUUUUCAUAUGUCUCUGGGCCUUCUGUAUGUCCACUUUUGAAAAGUGUCUAUUUAGGUCCUUGGCCCAUUUUUUGAUUGGAUUGUUUAUCUUCCUUUCAUUACGUUGUAUGAGUUCCCUAUAAAUUUUGGAGAUUAAACCCUUUUCAGAUACAACGUUGGCAAAUAUGUUGGGCUCCUUACACAAACUUCAUAUUUUUGGAUUCUUUUUUUCUUUUUGCUCUUCUGGUUGAGUGUUUUUGCUUCCUCACAUUUCAAAUCAUUGAUUUGAUUCUCAGAAUCCUUUACUGUUGAAUCUCUGUAUAUUAUUCUUUAUUUCAGUCAGUGUAUGCUUAAUUUCUGACUGGUCCUUUUCCAUUUUUUGGAGAGGUUUCUAGAAGAUUCUUGAGUAACCUUAUAACCAUGGUUUUGAACUCUGUAUCCAGUAUUUUGCUUUUUUCCAUAUCUUUCAUUUAUGACAUGUUUCUUUGUCUCCGCAUUUUGGCUGCUUCCCUGUGUUUAUUUCUAUGUAUUGGGUAGAGCUGCUAUGUCUCCUUGAGUUGGUAGAGUGGCCUUGUAUAGUAGGUGUUCUACAGGGCCCAGUGGCUCAGCCUCCUCAGUCACCUGAGCUGGGAGCUCUAGGUACACCCCUUUGUGAGUUGUGAGCACAGCCUUGUUGUAGUUGAGACUUGAUUGCUGUCAGUGUUACUAGGAGCAAUUGACCUCCAGGCCAAUUGGCUGUGAGGACCAGCUGCAACUACAGUGGGAAAGCUGCUGUGCAGGAGAUACCCCUAUGGAGCAGGACUUGCUUCAGUGGGACUUUGGUGUUCAUUGAGUCUGCCCCUUGAGUGUGUUGCUUAUGGACGUGUAGAGUUGUAAUUUGGUAUUGUCUGACACUAACCACUGGGUACAUUGGCUGUUGGGUCUCCAGGGAGGUGCAAAGUCAGCCACUGCUUGGGGCCACUCAGCAGGAGCUACAGAGAGAUCUGCAGAUUCCUCCUCUUUGUAUCGGGUUUGGAAGUGCCUAGAUGAGGCCCAGCUGUCAAGCAAGGCAGGCUGCUGCUGUUGCCAGGUCUCGGGCCUUUUAUUGAUAGGUUUGGAACUCCCUAAUCCAGCUGCCGCUUGUUGGAGAGAUUUUAGCCUAAGCAAGGAGAGGCCAUUCAUAUGCAAAAGCUGCUGCUCACAGCGUGGGUGGGGUUGUAAAUUGGAUGAGGCAGGGUCUUAGGGAAUCACAAGGGUGGAGCAAAUAGAAAUGGCUGCCAGUCAGCCCUGUGACCAGGGAGGUCCCAGCAUAGGAACAAUGAUCCCUGCAAGCACCUCCGUCUGGAGAAAGCUGUCUCCAAGUUCCUGCUCUGAUGCCAGACAAUCCAGUUCCUCCUCGUAUGUGUCUGAACCUCACUCUGGUGGUGGAGCUCAGAGGAAGCAGGACCUUGUAAGUUCAGUUUGUGGUGCCGGUCUUUUAAGAGGAACAGCUGGGUCUCUAGCAGCCUCUGUGUCACUGAGCCCCAAUCCACACUGGUUUUUAUAGCCCAUAGUUCUUACUGACAGUAGGGACUUCUUUUCCUAGCUCUGGGACCCUGGGCUAGGGGGCUGGUGUGGGGCUGGCUCCUCCGGGCAGACUCCGCAGAGAUCUCCCUCCCAGUUAAAAAAGCUGCACAUGUGGGUGCCAGACCAGCUCGAUCAAUGCCUCCGCACCUCCUACCAGUCUCAGUGUGUUUUCUUCUUUACUUCCCUGGUUGUAGGAUUUCCAUUCAGCCAGCUUUCCAGCAGUUCUGGGUAAUGGUUGUUCUGUAUUUUACUUGUAAUUUUAAUGUGAUUGUGGGAGGUGGUGAGUACCUGCGCCACCAUCUUCAAAUACACCUCUGUGACUUUAAUUGGGCGUAAUCUCCAGCAGUGCCCCUCCCUGUACCACUGUUUCCACCUGUUGAAAUGCUACCCAUCCUUCAUGGCCAAGCUCUGAUGCCACUUUCAUUUUCCUUUGGUGGUAUAUUCCUUAAUACCUCCUUUUGAUAAAACUUCUGCUUUAUGACACUGAGUAUAUCUCUGCCCCCAUAUAUUAUUAUGUCUAUUAUAAAAGAUAAAAUGUUAAUCUUCCUUCUAGCCACCCUCUUCUGAUCCUCUACCCUUCCAUACCCCAAUUGUAAGCCCUUGAGACAGGAUGUAUCUUGUGGUCAUGGCUGUUUACAUUCUGCAUCCAUUGGAAAUAAAAUGAAAAUAAGAAUGCAUGAAUAAUGGAAGGAGGUCCAGUUAUUAAGGUGGGUACUAUAUGGAGUGUUUCCAUCACAUGAAUGUUAAUACUAAGGAGUGUCAGAUAAAGGGGGGGAAAUGGAUCUGUAUAUUGGAUUACACUUAUUUGGUUCCUAGGAAGAAUAAAGAGUACUGAACAGAGAACAUUUCAUUUUGUUUUACUCCAAUAUAGUUUAUAUUAAAGAAAGUUUUAAAUUUAAGUCAUUCCCAUAGUUAAUGAACUGUACAGUCUUGCACUUAAUUCCAUAUACUGUAAAGACGACAUUAACAUUAGGAAACAUGCACACAUUCAGUAAAAGUUGAAAAUUAUUUGAACAUUUUUAAAUGUAAGAAUGUAAGGAAUACAUUUUAAUCAAUUGCUUGAAUUCUUUUACUUUUAUUUUCCCCCACUAAUUUUAGUAUCAUUGGCUUUCUAUACUGGAAAAACUCUUUGGAGGAACAGAAUUAAGUAAAACUUUCCUAAUAAUUUCUAAAAGAAUGUCAAGAUACUAAAUCCCAUUAAACUUUGUCUUCUACGUCUUUUCAUAAUUUGUGUAUGGAGAAUUUGAAUUCCAUCUUGACAAACUGGUAGGUUUAGUUCAGAAGUAUUCUUCCAGCCUGAACUAAUUCUAGUCUCAACACAUAUGUGGUAGGUGUGUGUGUGUGUACAUGUAUGUAUGUGCACGCAGUGCACACUUAGAACAGUUGAAUGCAGGGUCCCUAAAAGAAAGGACUGUUUCCUUAUGUUUAAAAUUUUUUAAAAUUUUUUGAUUAUAGUUGACAUACAAUAUUAUAAUAGUUUCAGGUGUACAACAUGGUGAUUAGACAUUUAUAUAGCUUACGAAUGAUCACUCUGAUAAGUCUAGUACCCAUCUGACACCAUACAUAGUUAUUACAACCCAUCUGACACCAUAUGUAGUAAUUAUAAUAUUAUUGACUAUAUUCCCUAUGCUAUACUUUACAUCUCCCUGACUGUUUUCAUAACUGGCAAUUUGCACAUCUUAAUCCCUUCCUCUUUUUCACACCCCCUUCCCCGAAAGCCAAUCUCCAUUUCCCUCUUGUCUGGCAACCAUUAAAAUGUUCUUUGUGUUUAUGAUUUUUGUUUCUGUUUUGUUUAUUUUAUUUUUUAGAUUCCACACAUAAGUGAAAUCAUGUGGUAUUUGUCUUUCUCUGUCUGACACUUUUCUUAGCAUAAUGCCCUCUAGGUCCGUUGAUGUUGUUGCAGAUGGCAAGAUUUCAUCCUUUUUUAUGGCUGAGGCAUAUUCCUUUGUACAUAUGUACCACUUUAUCCAUUCAUCUAUUGAUGGACACUUAGGUUGCUGCCAUGUCUUGGCCAUUGUAAAUAAUGUUGCAAUGAACAUGAGGAUACAUACAUCUCUUUGAAUUAAUGUUUUGGGUUUCUUCCGAUAAAUACCCAGAAGUGGAAUGGCUGGGUUCUUCCUUUUCUCUUGUUACAGUAUUUGUUUUAAAGUCUACUUUGUCUGAUAUAACUAUUGCUAUCCUAGCUUUUCCUCCACGUUUGCAUGAAGUAUCUUUUUCCAUCCCUUUACUUUCAGUCUGUGUGUGUCUUUCGGCCUGAAGUGGGUCUCUUGUAGACACAUAUAUGUGGAUCUUGUUUUUUUAUUCAUUUGGCCACCCUGGAUCUCUUGAUUGGAGCCUUUAAUUGAUUUACAUUUAAAGUAAUUAUUGAUUACUUUAUGUAAUUAUUGCCAUUUUAUUAUAUUUUUUUAUUUUUUUAUUUUUUUCAAGAAGUACCUUUAACAUAUCAUAUAAUACUGAUUUGGUAGUGAAUUCCUUCAGCUUAUGCUUGUAUGGGAGUUUUCUUGUUUCUUGUCCCCAAGCACUUAGUAUGGUGGCUGGCAUCUUUAGCUCACAAUAAAUAUUUGUGAAUGAGUGAAUGAACGAAUGAAUGAGUAUGUGCCAUCUAGGAAUUCAGAAUUGAUUUCUUUUUUUUGGUCAGAAUUGAGUAACAAUGUUUGAAAGCACAUUUAAGUUCUAUAAUAUUCAAUAAGUAUUUAAUUUUUUUAAUUUUUAAAAAAAUAUAUUUUAUUUAUUUUUUACAGAGAGGAAGGGAGAGGGAUAGAGAGUUAGAAACAUCGAUGAGAGAGAAACAUCGGUCAGCUGCCUCCUGCACACUCCCCACUGGGGAUGUGCCAGCAACCAAGGUACAUGCCCUUGACCGGAAUCGAACCCGGGACCCUUGAGUCCACAGGCCGAUGCUCUAUCCACUGAGCCAAACCGGUUAGGGCAAUAGGUAUUUAUUGAUUAUCUGCUAUACUGAUUAUUUUAUUAAAGGUAACUAACAGUGAUCACAGAAAGUACCUACAUCUUGAAAUGUUUACCAAAAAAAUGGUAUUAGGUCUAGAGCAGGGGUCCUCAGCCUUUUUAAACAGGGGGCCAGUUCACUGUCCCUCAGACCGUUGGAGGGCCAGACUAUAGUUUAAAAAAAAAACUAUGAACAAAUUCCUAUGCACAUUGCACAUAUCUUAUUUUGAAGUGAAAAAACAAAACGGGAACAAAUACAAUAUUUGUAUUUGCACGUGGCCCGCGGGCCGUAGUUUGAGGACCCCUGGUCUAGAGUUUCUUUCAAAAUGAGUAUAGAUGAAACAAGCUGAUCAUUGCUGAGGCUGUGGAAGUUUCUUGUGGAGGUUUGUAAAGGAGUUAGAAUGCUUUGAUUCUAUCCUCAUUCUUCCAUCUGUUAACUGAGUGAUCUAGAUAAAUUCCUUUAUGUCUCUGAACUGUGGUUUUCUCCAUAAUAGGGAUUACUACUACUCUUUUGACCUUAGAGCAUGGCAGUGAUCAAAUAAAAUUAUGUAUAGAAAGAUCAACUAUUAUACAGAUAUAAGGUAUUAUUAACAACAGGAAUUCCUCUCCUCAAGUAGUUUAUAAUUUUGUGGAGGAAACUGACAUGUAUACAGAUAUCUGUAUUGCUGAUUGGAAGCACUCCUCCCCUACACAGUGUUAAAGUAUGAAUGGAGCUAGGUGUUUCUGAAAAGAUGUGUAUUGGAUUUAUAUUAAUAAUAGUAAAAUACAGUCUUUAAUCUUGGUAGUUGGCGUCCCGUUUACCCAAUCUGUAUGCUAUUCAUUAACAGAUUUAUUGUAGGAGGGUCUGAGGACACAGUGCCCCUGAGAACAUUGUCAGGAUGGGUGGGAGCUUGAGGAUUUCUUUUGUGUUUCACUAUUCAGAUUAACUCAAAGGAGAGUUGAAUUCCUUGCUUGUUCUUUCUCCUCUUUUUUAAAUUUUAAAAUCUCAAACAGAAUUAUUCCUUUUUAUGCCACACAUUGGAAUUUCUGCUUAUUAAUUUUCUGAGGCUCUUCUUAUGGCAUAACUGCCACGUGACUUGAAAUUUUAUUCCAUGUACUCUAUAUUGAAGUCAGCAAGAACUUCUGUCCACAAAGAAAAAAGUUUUCUUUCAGGGCCACUAAUAUGUAGUGAGAUACAGUAGGCCCCCCCCCCCCCUUAUCCGCAGUUUUGUCUUUAGUGGUUUCAGUUACCAGCGGUCAACCACCAUCUGAAAAUACAGAAUGGAAAAUUCCCAGAAUAAACAAUUCAGAACUUUUAAAUCCUGCGCAGUUCUGAGUAGCGUGAUGAAAUCUCGCGUCCUCCAACCUGGGAUGUGAAUCAUCCCUUUGUCCAGUGUCUCCACGCUGUAUGUGCUCCCCAACCUUUAGUCACCUAGUAGCUGUCUUGAUUAUCAGGUAGACUGUCACGGUAUUGCAGUGUUUAUGUUCCGGUCACCCUUAUUUUAUUUACUAAUGGCCCCAAAGCACAAGAAUAGUGUUGCUGACAAUUCAGAUAUGCCAAAGAGAAGCCAUAAAAUGUUUCCUUUAAGUGAAAAGGUAAACGUUCUCAAGUUAAUAAGAGGAAAAAAAUUGUAUACUGAGGCUGCUACAUCAUUCAUUUCACUUCAUCUCAUCAUGUAGGCAUUUUAUGAUCUUACAUCGUCACAAGAGGAAGGGGGUGAGUAUAGUAUAGUAACAUAUUUUGAGAGAGAAAGAGAGAGACCAUAUUCACAUAAUUUUUAUUUAGUGUAUUGUAAUAAUUGUUCUGUUUAAUAUCGUUGUUAAUCUCUUGCUCUGCCUAAUAUGUAAGUUAAACUUUAGGGAUGAAUAUUUAACAAAAAUAUAGUAUAUAUAGGGUUCGAUACUAUCCAUGGUUGCAGACAUCCACUGGGGGUCUUGGAAUCUAUCCCCUAUGGAUAAGGGUGGAGGACUACUGCAUCUUUUUUCUUUGCUGCUUUUUAUUGCUAAGCAAUGUCAUAAUUUCUUUUAGAUAUUCCUAAUGGUUAGUAGGAAACAUUUACUUUGCCUAAAAUGCUUUCUUUUUAGAAGAUAUAAAGCAUAAAGUUGGGUUAACAGUUAACACCUAUUCUGCAACAGAACAGGAUAAACAACCAACAUCUUUGCAUUUCAAGGGCAGACUUUCACACUUUAGGUUAUCGGUUCUGACCAAUACAUUUUAAAACUUAUUAGUGGAAUACAAGAAACAGAAUGGUAAGUUGGGAGAUUUAGAUGAUGUCGUCUACAUUCCAACCCUGUAGAAUCAAUUAAAGAAGUUAUUAAAUAGCCUUGGGUAAAAAUGGUAUGUUUUCUUGUUGUGCCAUGAGAAACCAAGAGACUGAUUAGAGAUUGGGCUAGAACAGCCUCCCAGAGCUAAUCAUGAAUGAAGUGUAUUAAAAUAUGGAAAUUCUCUUAAAAGAACAGGUAAAGAAUCCCUUCUUUGAAAUAACACCCUUUUUACACAUUAAGACACAAAAGUUUUGAUAUCCUGCUAGUCAUUACAAAUUAUUUUAAGUUCAUGAGAUUUAAUCAGUGGUUAUUUAGCUAACUAUUAAUCAUUAGUCUAGAACUUGACAUUGGUAAUACCAGUUGGGUUCUCUACUAAACCAGUUAGUUUUUGCAAAGAGAAAAAAGGCUGUGCCCUGGCUGCUUUGGCUCAGGGGAUAGAGCAUUGGCCUGGGGACUGAAGGGUCCCGGGUUCGGUUUUGGUCAGGGACACUUGCCUGGGUAGGGGCCUACGGGAGGCAGCCAAUCGAUUAUUCUCUCUCAUCAUUGAUGUUUCUAUCUCCCUUUCUCUCUCCCUUCCUCUCUGAAAUCAAUAAAAAUAUAUUUUUUUAAAAAACGCUAUUUCGGAGGCAUUACUCUUUACUCCUUAAAAGUUGGCUGUUUAGAGAGAUGGUAUUGAUCUCAAAGAGAACUAUGUAAGAGCAUGGUUGACUACUGGUACCAAUUCCUAAUCCUAGAGAAACAGGACUUUUGAGAUUAGUCAAGAGUAGCAUCUUUGUUCAUGAAAAAUUAGUUUUUCCCCGCUUUAGUUGAUGAAAUAAAAUUAAGAAAUAAUUCUAUCAUUAGGCAAAUAAAGAGUGGUGUAGAGAUGUAUUUUGUGACAUGAAGGGACCACAUAUACUCAUUAAAAGGAGAGAAGAAGGUAGCAGAAGAUGAGCUAAGUUGAGGUAGAGGUGAGAAAUGCAACUUGGUGAAGAUGAAACAUGGCUUCAGAACCUGGAAUUGCUAUGGACAGGGUGGCAAAAGUAGUUUACAGUUGUAAGUAUACAAAACAGUUUAUUCUUGUAUUAUUAUUUAUUAAUAUAUUUUUUUCCAUGUGAACAACUGGAAACCUACUUUUGCCCCACCCUGUAUAUCUGAAAUUUCUUACACUUCAAAAUCUGAGAACUGGUGAUAUGGAUGAAAACACUGGCAUAUAUAGAAAGUCCUCAGUGCUAUUCUUUUAGUUCCAUAAUAAUAAAAUGGUAAGGCUGUCUGAUUUCUUAUUCUUGAGAACUUUACAGUAGCACAUCUUUACAUUGUCCAUUUUGCCUACCAUGUCAAUAUGAAGUAAUGCAUAAAUUAAUAUAGCAUGUAGGCUACCCAUUAGAAUAUAAGCUCCACGAGGGAAGGGAUUUUUGUUUUGUUCACUGCUUUAUCCUUAAAAUCUAGAACAGUGCCUGACAUACAGUUCAAUAAAUAUCUGUUGAGUGAGAGAAUAGUUAAACUAUAACUAAAGAUUACUCUAUUACAAUAAUUUUCUUGGCAGUAAAAAUGUUAUUUUUUAUUCACUCCUUGCUAUUAUUGCAUUUAAAACUCUUUAGAAGAUUAUGUAGGUCUCUACUAUGAUAGUAAAUUGGAUUCUGAAAUUGGAUUUAGGAGCUAUUUAAUAAUUUAAUGAUUAGUGAGUAGAUUGGACACUAAGUAUAUCCUUUCUAAGCUAAUUCAUCCACUGAUGUUUCAUUAAAUUCUGAAUAUAAUUUUAAACAAACAGUAAGUGAUAUUUUAGAUGGUCCUAUCAUUUGUGGCAGAAUUGAUUUAGAUAUUUUGGUGGAAAUGUUAAGAUGGUUUCAAAUUUUCUGGGUGGUGAAAUUCUGUAAGGAAGAUUGACUAACAUACAUUUCCUAAAGCAGCAAUUUCCAACCUUUUUUUUUUUUUUAUCAAGACACACAUAAACUAAUUACUAAAAUUCAGUGGCACAUCAAAAAAAUGUAUUGUAUAUUUUGCUGAUCUGACAAAAAAAAAAAAACAGGUAUAAUUUUGAUUCAUACACACCAGACAGCUGUUGUGUUGGCUGUUGUCAUUUUUUUUAUUUGACAACCUAAGGCAAAAGAGGUCAAUGCCUCUGAUUAAAUAGUCAGGUAUUGCAUGUUUAAAAAAUUAUUGCAGCACACCGGUGGAAAAUAACUGUCCUCAAGAAUUUGACACAAGGUGUAAAGCCCUGUAUAAACAGCUACAUUUGCCCUUAUAAGUCAUGAGGCCCACAGGGCCAGUCCCAUCAUGAACCUUGCCCCAAUACUACUAUUUGGUGCUACCAUUCCAAUCACCUUCAUUCUCUGCUUAGAUUGGUUGAUUGUAAUCUUCUAAGGAGUCUGAUAUUACUUAGUCAUGACCAGUUAUAAAGAGCAAUAUUAAUAAAGAAGGAAGGAAAGAAAGAAAAGGAAAAAAGAAAAAGAAGGGAGGAAUAGAACAGAACGGAAUGGAAUGGAACGGAACCGAAUGAAAAUGUGUGGUGUUCCCAGCCAAUUGUCAGGUAUAUUACAAGGAGUUACUAGAGGACCAAGGGAUUUGUUUGCAUUUUUAAAAAAAUUAAAAUAAUCGCGUUUUUCUGUUAAAGUACUUGUUCUUGGUUAAUGUUGCUGUGCAGUAAAUUAUUCCAAAAUUUAGGGGCUUAAGACAAGCAUUUUCUUAUGCUCAAGGUUUCCCUGGGUAGGGAAUUCAGACAAAGCACAGUGAGAAUGGUGUAUCUCUGCCCCAUUCAACUGGAAAUGACACAGCAGCUGAGGGGUUGACUCAUCCUGAGAUGUUCUCACUAUCAAGACUGGGUUUCGACUGCAGCUGAAUGAGUUGUGGCGCUCACCAUGCUCCCGUGACCGGGCACUGACAAGUUCAAUUUGCCAUCGCGGGCCUCUCGGAAUCUGGACUCCCACAAUGCCCUGGGCACUCGGAUGGGCAGUUGGGCUGCUGGUGAAAAAAACAUGUGAGAGGUUGGUACUAAGAAGUGCCUUUCCUGAUGUCUCUGCUGCUUGGAACCACUUGUAGAGCAGUCUCUGCUUUUGCCUUGCUUGCUGCCAGCUAGACUGUGACGACAGCACAUCUACCCUCCACCUCUAGCCCAGACACCCCCAUUUCUACUUAGAAUGAAGAGAAAAGCUCUAAGUAUCUGGCAUUGCCCUAGGCUGCUUUAGUUUUUGAACGAAAAGUUUGCUGAAAAAAGUAAGAUAUCUUCUGCCAGGAAAUCAAGGAGGAAAACAAAACAAAACAAAAUCAUUUUCUCGAUUUUGCUCUAAACUGCUGCAUCUGUCUAUGCCAAACUAAUCAAUACCGAUUGCACCACCAAACUCCAUUGCAAAUUCAGCUGUGAGGAGAUUCCCUUUCAGACAACUUUGCUGAGAGCAGCUUGGAAAAUCGGUGUCCAGGGGUCUGCCAUGUUUUCAUGCUUGCAUUUUGGGCUCAAAAUUGGCACUGGGAAGGGGUUACUGAGAGCACAAGGCUGAUUCCAGGCCCUCCUUUUAAACGUUCAUCUACUUAAGAUCCUAGGAUUUCUCUAAAACAAA